AUGGCCUAUGCUGAGGAAGACAGAAAUAGCUACGAGGUGUACAAGGAAACAGCAGACUGGUUGCGUGCCCGUGCUGCCCAGAGGCCCAGGAUUGCCAUCAUCUGUGGCUCUGGGCUGGGAGGCCUGGCUGAUGUGUUGGAUAACAAGACAGUCUUCCUGUAUGAGGACAUCCCUCACUUCCCACGGAGCACGGUGGCAGGGCAUGUUGGCAGGUUGGUGUUUGGGGAGCUGAAUGGACAGCCCUGUGUGUGCAUGCAGGGACGUUUCCACUCUUAUGAAGGCUACUCUUUCAGCACGGUCACCUUUCCCAUCAGGGUGUUCUUUCUCCUGGGGGUGGAGAUCUUGAUUGUCACAAAUGCUGCUGGAGGACUGAAUCCCCACUUCCAAGUGGGGGACAUCAUGUUCAUAAGGGAUCACAUCAGCUUGUUUGGCUUGGGAGGGCAGAAUCCCCUGCGUGGACCAAAUGAUGAGAGGUUUGGAGUGAGGUUUCCCUGCAUGUCAGAUGCUUAUGAACAAGAUCUGCUCAGCCUGGCAAUGGAGAGUGCACAGGAGCUGGGGUUCCUGAGCUUCACCAGGGAAGGAGUGUACUGCCUGCUGCCUGGGCCCUGCUACGAGACCAUCGCCGAGUGCCGCCUGCUGCAGGCGCUGGGAGCUGAUGCUGUGGGCAUGAGCACUGUCCCAGAGGUAAUUGUAGCCAGGCAUUGCGGCCUCCGAGUCCUUGGGAUCUCCCUCAUCACCAACAAGGUGGUGACGAGCUACAACAGCCAAGAGAAAGCCAACCACGAGGAAGUGCUGCGCAUCUCAGUGGUCCGGGCUGAGGCCCUGCAGAAGCUGGUCACACACCUCCUUGGGAAGCUGGGGGAAAACACAAACUCUCCAUGACCUCCAGCCAUUAAUCCUUCAUAUCAUAAUGUGUGUGAACACUACCAAGUGUUGGGGGAGAGCUGGUGGUGGGACUGUCCCUUUCUCUCAUGAUUUUAAAUAGACCUUUUGAUCUUUGUGCUUUAUCUGAUCAGGUGCAGAGGUUCACUUUGAAUUUUGCCAGAAUGAUCCCCUUGU